AUCUCUUCGCGCUGUGCAGUUCAGGUGCGCUUGUCAGUUUAGUUUACUCGGUUAUUGUUGUCACUCUGUUGCGUUCAGCUGUGUUUAGUUGGCUUAUUACUCGCUGGUGUUGGAAAGGCGGGGUUAUCACUCUUGUUAUCUGUCCAGAGGCGUGUUCUUUGUCCGCGCCGGGGUUGGACUGUAUAACAGUAAAGCUCAUGGGGAAGCUGCUUGAGCUGACAGUUUCCGUAGAGCGCGUGUUCAAGUUCAAGGCAGAUUUACACCUCGAGUGAAUACAAUGGCAGAAGAGAAAGGAAAACCAGCAUUUGAUAAACCUAAGAUUGAGCUACAUGUGCAUCUUGAUGGUGCUAUUCAAAUAAAGACCAUUGUAGACGUAGCAAAGCGGAGGGGAAUCACUCUACCUGUGAUCAGCGAGGAUGAAAUGAGAGACCUGGUCAUAAUGCAUGAGCCGGCCACACUCACAGAAUUCCUUGGCAAGUUCGAUCACUACAUGCAUGUCAUUGCAGGGGACAGAGAGGCCAUCAAGAGAAUAGCUUACGAGUUUGUAGAGACUAAGGCCAAAGAGGGAGUGAUCUAUGCUGAAGCCAGAUACAGCCCUCAUCUGCUAGCCAACAAGGGCGUGGAUCCUCUUCCUUGGGACCAAAAACCAGGAGACAUCACUCCCGAUGACGUGGUCGACCUGGUGAACCAGGGGUUCAAAGAAGGAGAGAAGGCCUUCAAAACCAAAGUCAGGUCCAUUCUGUGCUGCAUGCGUCACAUGCCAAAUUGGUCUAUGGAUGUGGUCGAGCUGUGUAAGAAGUACCGUAAAGAUGGAGUUGUGGCAAUAGACCUAGCAGGAGAUGAAUCCCUGAACUGUGAGUCAUACCCAGGACACAAGAGAGCAUUUGAGGAAGCCGUCAGAAGUGAGGUGCACAGAACAGUGCACGCAGGAGAAGUUGGCCCUGCCAGUGUGGUGAAGGAGGCUGUGGAAGUUCUCAAAGCAGAACGCAUUGGACAUGGAUACCACACGCUUGAAGAUCAAACUCUAUAUAAACGACUGCUCCAACAAAACAUGCAUUUUGAGAUGUGCCCUGUCUCUAGCAUACUGACAGGAGGCUGUGACCCAGACUUCACUAAACAUCCUCUCAUCACAUUCAAGAAGGACAAAGCUAACUACUCCUUAAAUACAGAUGACCCUACCAUCUUCAACUCCACCUUGAACUCAGACUACCAGGUGGUGCAGAAAUACAUGGAUUUCACUGAAGAGGAGUUCAAGAGACUGAAUAUAAAUGCAGCUAAGUCCUGCUUUCUUCCUGAGAAGGAGAAAGACCAGCUUCUUGAACAACUCUAUGAGUCUUAUGGCAUGCUGAACAGAACUGGCUUUUGAGCUCAGUACUGUUUAAACAAGUUCGCAUCAAGCAAAGCCUUUCAGGACAUUUGCCUUCUCACACGACUGUGGAUCCUGAUUCCUUGAAACUGGAGAACUCAUACACACAUUACUCAGCAAAAACAAAAACAUAAAAACAUCCAACUAUCAGCUUCAGAAGUUAACAUGCUGUUCUUUAAAAUAAAUGUUACAUAUGUCAUUUAUAUUUAAUGAACCACUAUCACAGCAUACUGGUUUUGACCAAGUGCUGUUGCCUUUCAUUUACAUGGAUAAUUUCAUAAGGAUUGUAAUAUCUGUAGCCUAAACAUAAAAUAUUGGUCUUAUUUCAUAUAUACUCAAGUCUAGCAAACUACAUUUAUGCUCUUCGCAAUAUAUGCACAGAAUAAGACCAUAAUGUAAUACAGAAAAAAAUCUUUAUAUGAAGCAUGUUAAUCUGUAUAAGAUGUGAAAAGUGCUAUGAGAAUGAAAUUAAAUAUAACCUAAGAUGUAGGCCAAUUCUACAAUGGCAAUAAUGUAUAAAUCCAAAAUAUUAAACCAGAAGGUUUUAUGUCUGGUGCUCAUCUACUAUAUAUUGUUUACAAACCUUUGGGUGAGCGUUGAUUAUUAAUAACAAAGUUAUUGUUAGAUGUUCGAUGACUGAAUGCUGUGCAAGACCCCUUUAAAUUUGGUCGUUCUUUUUAUCUAACACCAGAGGGCAUUUACCAAAAGACUGUUCAUAUAACUCAGGUUUAGAGUUAAUCAGCCUAUAGUACAAAAUAAUUGUCAGGUUUUACAUUUUGUGUUGUAUAGUUUGAAGCACACAGGAAAACAUAAGGACUAUAAAUGAUGUGGGAAGGAAGGGAUUGAGAGCUUGUCACUGUGUAAACGAUCAAUACAAAUACUUUUGCAUCUGAA